GAAUCGGCCUUGACGCUUGCUUGAGCUGCUUGGGCGAGCACUGGUCGGGGUCUGGCGACAUGUACGGCUUAAGUUUCCGAGUUCGGAAGUACCACAGCUUCCUCAGUCACGACUGGGGAACACCCGGCUGGAAGAAGCUUUGUGCUUUGCUGUUGCUGUUCAACCUUCCGCCUGCAGCCGUCUUUGCGAUUUUGUGGAGCCCAAAGUAUUUCCAGCGAAUUUGGUGUGGCUAUGAACUGGCAACCUUCCUCCGGCAUCCCGAGAAGCAGAAGCCUGUGAUGCUGCUACCCGUCGCUCAGGGUGUCAUGCUUGCUCUCAACGGGAGUGUUGCUGUGGGAAUUCAAAUGGUCACCUUCUCCGUGACUUCCGAGUUAGAUGCAUCAGAUGCACAAAUCCUGGGGAUCGGCUCGCUGCUGGUCGCUUGUUUGGUAUGUCUUCCAACAUCCUGCUAUAUCGGCAUCGGGUUGAUGAAGGAAAUAGCCGAGCUGGAUAGCCAGCUGGCAAGCUUCAGCAUUAAGAAAGCCCAGUGUUUCUGCUGCUCGCACAACCAUUUGCAUCCUGAAACUGGGAAGCACUUGCCGUGUGACAGAACCUUAAUCUACAACAUGUUGCACAGAUGGUAUGGGCAUGACGGAGAGGCAGAAGAAGAGAACUUUGAGAAAUUCGACAUGCUAGUGCGCACAACACUGAAAAGCCAGAUUAUCCGAAGCGCAGACGAUGCCAAACUGCCGUUUUACUCGAACUUCUACUUGUCCCUUGGGAUCCUGUGCCCAGCCCUCGUGGAGGCGGCGCGAGAGGCAUGCACCAGAUCCUCCUUUGCGGAGGUCUUGAAUGUCUUCCUGAGUUAUUGGUUCCUGGUUGUGGUUCUCGUAUUGGUGUUCUUCUGGUUGCAGGCCCAGUUCUGUGUCCUGGGGAGCAUCUUGAUGAG